CCCCUGGACGCGCUGCACGAGAAGGGCCUGGCCGAGGACCCGCGUUACGGGACCAUGAAGGGGAUGGGGCUGCGCCCGGGGGGCCACGCCGGGAUGGGACCCCCCCCCAGCCCCAUGGACCAGCAUUCCCAAGGUUACCCGUCGCCCUUGGGCGGCUCGGAACACGCCUCCAGCCCGGUGCCCUCCAACGGCCCCUCGGGGGGCUCCGGGGGGAUGCUCCAGGCCCGCAUCGCCCACCGCAUCCAGGAGCUGGAGAACCUGCCCGGCUCCCUGGCCGGGGACCUGCGCACCAAGGCCACCAUCGAGCUCAAGGCCCUGCGGCUCCUCAACUUCCAGCGCCAGCUGCGGCAGGAGGUGGUGGUGUGCAUGCGGCGGGACACGGCGCUGGAGACGGCGCUCAACGCCAAGGCCUACAAGCGCAGCAAGCGGCAGUCGCUGCGCGAGGCCCGCAUCACCGAGAAGCUGGAGAAGCAGCAGAAGAUCGAGCAGGAGCGCAAGCGCCGCCAGAAGCACCAGGUCCGGCGGGGAAGGGGGGAUUUUCCGGGAGUAGCAGGGCGGAGGCGGCGGGAAACGGGGAUUUUUUGGGGUUUUGGGGGGGGGUUGGAGCUGAUCGACCAGAAGAAGGACAAGCGCCUGGCCUACCUGCUGCAGCAGACGGACGAGUACGUGGCCAACCUGACCGAGCUGGUGAGGCAGCACAAGGCGGCCCAGGUGGCCAAGGAGAAGAAGAAGAAGAAGAAGAAGAAGAAGGCGGAGAACGCCGAGGGUCAGGCUCCGGCCAUCGGCCCCGACGGGGAGCCUCUGGACGAGACAAGCCAGAUGAGCGACCUGCCCGUGAAGGUGAUCCACGUGGAGAGCGGGAAGAUCCUCACCGGGACCGACGCGCCCAAGGCCGGGCAGCUCGAGGCCUGGUUGGAGAUGAACCCGGGUGGGGAUAAGGAGCUGGAGCUGGUGUGGGAUAAUGGGGAUAAGGAAUUGGAGCCAGUGUGGGAUAAUGAACCAGAGUGGGAUAACAAGCUGGAGUGGGGUAAGGAGCUGGAGUGGGAAUUGGGAUUGGAGUGGGAUAAGGAGCUGGAGUGGGAUAAGGAGCUGGAGUGGGGUAAGGAGCUGGAGUGGGAAUUGGGAUUGGAGUGGGAUAAGGAGCUGGAGUGGGAUAAGGAGCUGGAGUGGGAUAAGGAGCUGGAAUGGGAUAAGGAACUGGAGUGGGAUAAGGAGCUGGAGUGGGAAUUGGGAUUGGAGUGGGAUAAGGAGCUGGAGUGGGAUAAGGAACUGGAAUGGGAUAAGGAGCUGGAGUGGGAUAUGGAGCUGGAGUGGGAUAAGGAUCCCACUGAUCCUGAUCCCGCUGAUCCUGAUCCCGCUGAUCCCGAUCCCACUGAUCCCAAUCCCAUCAAGGGCCUGGAGUGGCUCGUGUCCCUCUACAACAACAACCUCAACGGGAUCCUGGCGGACGAGAUGGGGCUGGGCAAGACCAUCCAGACCAUCGCCCUCAUCACGUACCUCAUGGAGCACAAACGCAUCAACGGCCCCUUCCUCAUCAUCGUCCCGCUCUCGACUUUGUCCAACUGGGCCUACGAGUUCGACAAGUGGGCUCCCUCCGUGGUCAAGGUCUCCUACAAGGUGGGUCCUCCGUGGUUUUCCCGGGGGAAUUCCCGGGAAAUCCGCUCCCUUUUCCUCUUCUCCUGGACGACGAAGGCGGAGGACCGGGGGAUGCUGCUGAAGACGUUCAACGAGCCGGGCUCAGAGUAUUUCAUCUUCCUGCUGAGCACCCGGGCGGGGGGGCUGGGGCUGAACCUGCAGUCGGCCGACACCGUCAUCAUCUUCGACAGCGACUGGAACCCGCACCAG